AUGGGCCUGCGGCACGGCGUGCAUGUCGGAUCGUGGUAUGCGACUGCGCUCGUCCAGUUCGGAGCAAACGCGCUGCUCUGCGCUCUCGUCUGCUCCCUCUUCCUCCCGCACACGCCCUUCUGGCCGCGGCCCAUCACGAGCUCGGCAACCUCUUCAGGCACCAACCGCUUCGAGCAGACGGGCGCCAAGAUCGCGGCCUCGCUCGCGGCGCCCACCGCCUUUGCCUUUGGCGCGGACGUGCUCGGCGAGUACGAGUACGCGUCUGUCGGCGUGAGCCCCGAGAACUGGUCCGACUCGCCCUACUCCUUCGCUCUCUCGCUCUGGAUGCUGCUGCUCGACUCGCUGCUGCAGAUCUCCUGCUUGCUCGGACACAACGGCGCCGGCAAGACGUCGACGCUGUCCGUGCUCACCGGGGACUGCUACGUGUUUGGUCUCUCGAUCUGCCGCUGCGCGCGGCGCGUCUACACGCUGAUGGGCAUCUGCCCGCAGCAUGACGUCCUCUGGCGCAGCCUGACCGUCUCCGAGCACAUGCAGCACUACGCGGCCCUCAAGGGCGUGCCCCGAGGCGAGCUCGCUACCGCGUCGGCGGCCAUGGUGGCCAAGGUCGGUCUAGCGGACAAGGAGCACACGCGGUCGCACGCGCUGUCGGGCGGGAUGAGGCGCAAGCUGUCGGUGGGCUGCUCGCUCGUGGGCGGCUCCCGCUGCGUGCUGCUUGACGAGCCCACCUCGGGCAUGGACCCGGCCUCCCGCCGGUCCCUCUGGUCACUGCUGAAGCGCUCGGCGCCCGGCCGGGUCCUCGUGCUCACGACGCACUACAUGGACGAGGCCGACUUGCUCGCCGACCGCAUCGCCGUCCUCUCGACAGGGCGGCUGCGCUGCCCGGGCAGCUGCUCCGCCACCGCCGUCGGCGCCGCCGUCCGCUCCUUCGUCCCCGAGGCCGAGCUCCUCUCGCAGCACGCGGGCGAGCUCUCGUUCCGCCUCCCGUUCGCCUCCACCGCCUCGUUCGGCCCGCUCCUGCGCCACCUCGCGGCGGCCCAGGCGCAGCUCGGCCUGCAGAGCUUCGGCGUCUCGCUCGCCUCGAUGGAGGAGUUGUGCGUGCUGCUCCAGAAGCGUGCAGUCUGCGCCAAGCGCGACCGCAAGGGACUCUUCCUGCAGCACGCGCUGCCGCAGCUCGCUGCUCUCGCGGCGGCGGCCAACCUCACCCUCGGCGGAGGCAACUCGAGCGUCGCCGACCUCAAUGGCGACGGCGAGGUGGACGAGCAGGACGCGCAGCAGCUGCUCGACAGCUUGGGCGGCCUCGCAGCGGGCGGCGGGCUGGGCGGCAUCCUCACCGGACAGCUACUCGGCAACCUCACGAGCCGUGUCGACCCGGCAGCCCUCGCCGCCGCCCUCGCCGCCGUUGACGCCGUCGCGAGCUUUGCGUUCGAGCAAGGCAUCGGCCUCCUCGGCGAGCAGGUUGGCGCGCUAGCGGGCAGCCUCCUCCCGCUCGACACCGGUGCGCUGCUCGGCUUGCUCGGCGCUCUCCCCCUCGAGCAGCGGGCAGUCCUCGAGCUCAGCGGCGUGGCGCCCGCCCUGCGCGACGUGCACGCCGGGGGCGAGGCGUCGAUCUCCGCCCUCGAGGGCGUCGAGAUCGACAUCUCCGCCCUGCUCAACGCGUCCGACCUCGCCCUCUCCGUGCCUCUCGGGGAGGAGACCCUCACCCUCACCUCGCCAACCCUGCGGCUGGGCGAGAUCCGCGUCUCCCGCGCCGCCGUCGCCAUCUCCGCCCCCAACCUCACCUUCGCCAGCGACGGCGCGGGGCCCGUCGCGGUGUCGGCAGGGCGCGUGACGCUCUCCGAGAGCGGCAUCUCUGUCGCCGCGCCGGCGUACGGUCUCGGCGACCCUGCAGAGUGGUCGAGGUUGCCCGACGUGGACGUGGGCUCGGCGAGCGGCGCGCCGCCUCCCGACUCCCUCCGCAUCGAGGCGUGCGUCGCGGCGGAGAUGACGGUGCUGUUCAACGCGUCGUCGCCGCACGCCAACGCGGCGAUGCUCGGGGAGGCCGGCGGCUCAGAUGUAAGAGAGCCCCUUAGUGAUUCUCAGCUGGAGUCGGCGCAGGUUCAGGCGGAGCGAAACUCCAAGGCGAAGCACCUGCAGCUCGUCUCGGGCACCAACCCCGUCGUCUACUGGCUCGCCCACUACCUCUGGGACGCAGGCAUGUCCUCCCUCGUCUCGCUCGGAGUGAUGGCCGUCUUCGGCCUCUACGGCGAGCCCGGCUUCGUCGGCAAUGCGGCCCAGGCGGGCGCGACGGCGCUCGUGCUGUGGUUGUAUGGCCUCGCGGCGAUCCCGCUCGCGUACUGCUACUCGCACCUCUUCCUCUCGCACUCGACUGCGCAGAUCGGCGUCCUCGUCUUCAACUUGACGACGGGCUUCGUGAUGGUCCUCGCACACCAGAUCAUGCAGGUGCUGCCCAACACCGUCGACGCCGACCGCGCGCUGGUCCACUUCUACCGCCUCUUCCCGCCCUUCAACUUCGGGCAAGCCCUGCUCGCUCUCACGCAAGAGUGGUACUUCGCGGAGCUCGGCGGGCAGCCGCACGACCCUUUCGGCAGCGAGGAGGUGUCGCGCGCGCUCUACCUCCUCCCACUCGAGGCGCUUCUCUUCUUCUCCCUCGUCCUCGGCGCGGAGUACUCCUACCUCUUCCGCUCCGCCCUCCUCGCCGCCGCGGCAGCAUCGGCGCUCAACUACAACGAGGGCGACGCGCCGCCCGCCGGCGGGGAAGGUGUGGUGGCGGAGGCGACGCCGCUCGACUACGUCUUGCUCGUCCUCGGGCUGCUGCUGCUGCUGCUGGCCGGCCUCGGCUGCGUGCUGUACGAGCGGCGUGCACGACGGCGGGGUGGGACGGCGGAGGAGGCGGCGCUGCGCGCGCUGCGCUCCGAGGGCGCUUGCUGCGUCGAGGCGGACGUGUACGCGGCGCGGGGCAGGGCGCCGCCCAAGGUUGCGGUCGCGGACCUGUCCUUGCGCAUCCUCGACGGCGAGUGCUUCGGUCUGCUCGGCGUCAACGGCGCCGGCAAGACGACCUCGAUCGGAAUGCUAACGGGCGAGUUCCCGCCCACGAGGGGUGGCGCGUGGGUGGGCGGCUUCAGCAUCGCGACGCAGCUGCCGCGCGAGGACCCGCUCCUCGAGCGCAUGACGGGUCGCGAGCUGCUCACCAUGUUCGCGCGCCUCAAGAACCUGGACGAGGCUGCCCUCCCCGGCCUCGUGCAGUCGCUGAUCGAGCAGGUGACGCUGACGCCGUUUGCGGACCGAGUGUGCGGCGCCUACUCGGGCGGCAACAAGCGCAAGCUCUCGCUCGCCAUCGCGUUGGUGGGCGACCCGUCCGUCUGCUUCCUCGACGAGCCCUCGAGCGGGAUGGACCCGCAGAGCAGGCGACACAUGUGGGACGUCAUCGCCACGGAGCGGUCCCGCCGCUCGCUCGUGCUCACGACGCACUCGAUGGCGGAGUGCGAGGCGCUCUGCUCGCGCGUCGGGGUGAUGGCGGCCGGCCGGCUGGGGCAGAUGCUUGAACACGUGCUCUUCGGUCAAACUAGCACUCGAGACGACGUGGUCAGCUGCCGGCUGCGCUGCCUCGGCGGCCAGCAGCACCUCAAGUCGAAGUACGGCGGAGGGUACACGCUCGAGCUGCGCGUGGGGGGCGAGGCGGCGGGCGGCGGAGGCGGAGGCGGCGGAGGAGGCAGAGGUGGAGGCGGCGAGGAGGCGCACGAGGGCGUGUGCCGCCUCUUCCCCGGCGCGAGGCUGAUCGAGCACGUGGCGGGCAGGUCCAAGUAUGAGCUGCCGAGCGGCGUGCUGCUGCACGACAUCUUCGAGCAGAUGGAGGGGGCCAAGAGCGCCCUGGGCGUGCUGGACUACUCGGCGACGCAGCCCUCGCUCGAGUCGGUCUUCCUCGCCAUCGCGGGCUCAGCCGCCGCCGACGCCGCCCUCUCCCGCGCGCCCCCGCCCGCCUCCGCUGCCAGCGGCGACAGGGGCAGCAUCGAGCUGACCAGCAGCGGCCCGGCGGACGACGGGGCCACGGCGAGCCAGUACGUUUGAGAUUGAGUUCCACGUACACCGAGCGCAAGCGUGUCUGUACUCUUACGUGUCGUGAGAGAGACGGGUCAGACUCGACUCUCGAGUGUCGAGACGAGCUGGGGUCCGGAGAGAUCGAUCGACGAUGUGUACAUACGUUACGCGUUUGUCAUGUAUUAUGUCGGUGUCGCGGGGUCGCGCACACCUUUUUCGAGACCAGUGAAAAAUUU